AUGAUUAAGGAGUGGGAAAACCGCUUACAGAGGUAUAAAAGCCAGAGAGAAGGCCAUUCAAAGGCUCAGGAAGGGACCACAGCUGAGGGAGAGCAAGAUAAUAGAAAGCCAUCCAGAAUCCCCAGCAACAGCCAUCCCUGGAUAGUUCAGGAUUUCCCACACCACAAAGAGGACCUUUGUACUCCGUCACCUUUAGGGAUAUGGACAGCAUUCUACAAAUCAGACCCACGCAUUGCCCUUGGAAAAUAUUCCCCAAUGGAACAAGAAAUUCUACAACUCGGUGGUGUUCACACCAUAGCAGCAAGGAGAUUUUUGGCUGACAAACACUACAGAGAGUGGAGGAUGCUGCGGGAACUCCAGGAGCAGUCUGAAGACUAUAAAAGGGCCGCAGAGCUGGGAAGAGACCCCUCUUCUUGUGCUGUGUGUGGACCCCCGGAAAAAAUAUGGACAGCAAAGGUGUCUGUGCCUGCUGAGGAGUUCCAAACACCACGCCGAGAGGUGAUCGGUGUCAAGAAGCACAUCAAAAGAAUGAAGCUGGCACGGGCCCUGGAAAAAAACCAGUUUUCUGCAUACAUUGAAAGGCUCAGGAACGCCACACUGCACUCCGGAGCGGACCUGAGUGCCCCAGGUGCAGACAAGUCCAGUGAAGAGGGAGAAGAUGGUGAUGACAGGGACAGCAAUUAUAAAGGCAGUCGCGGGGAGAAAGGGGAGGCCGAGUCUGACCCCACAAAAACACGAGAAGUCACAUUGAAUGUGGUUUUCAAGUCAGAAGAAACCAAAAAGUGUGUAGUAUGCCAUCGUAAUGAUCGGAAAACCUUCCUUCCUGUGAAGAGACAGGAGCGGCAUAUCACGGGCCUCACAAACAGAAACCUCUUCCCCAUCACUGGCUUUCCUGGAGACUUGAUGCUCAUGAACCAGGAUUUCAUAUCAAAGGGAAUCCACCCAAAUGAUGCCAUUAAAAUCUACUGGUUGCCGGAAGAGGAUCUCUUCAAGGCACACAAGCAAAGGCCUCCUUGCUGCCCGAGGUGA